AUGGCUCACUAUGCAAAACAACUCUCCAUUCUCUUGCUAGUAGUCCUCUCUACUUCUGUCCAUUGUGAAGCCAGAGAGAGCAAGUUCUUUAGUAAAGUCCUUCAUUACAGGAUCUACAACACGAACAACAAUGCCCAAGAGUCCAAUCUCUCUCCAGUACUAGCCCCUGCACCACUUGAAUCCUCCAUUGUCUCCCCAGUGCCAGCUCCAGCACCGGAACCAGCGUCCCCAAACACCGAAAAUGCUUUCGGCCUUUACGGCCAUGGCUCUAGUCAAUUCUCUCCUGCCAAAACCACCACAAUUGCCAACGAUGAAAACGAAUUCCCUAGCGAAGAACUUAGUGAAGAAAGUUUUAAGGAGUCCAACAAGGAAGACUCUUAUAACUACAACAACAACAACAAUAACGAAAAUGUCUAUACGACCUCCAACUACAAUAGCAAUGGGUACUCGACGUCCAAGGACAAUUACAAUGGCUAUAAUAACAAUGGUUAUGUGGCAGAGCGACAAGGGAUAAGCGAUACGAGAUUUUAUCAGAGUGGCAGGUACUACUAUGAUGUAAAGAGCGAGAAUAAUUAUCAGAAUGGGUACGAAACUGUUACAGGCAGAAGCAACAAUGGUGGUUAUUAUGGUGAUGGAAAGAACUCGAAAUAUGAGUUUGAUUCCAUGGAAGAAUACGAGAGGCAGGAGGGGUAUCCAGAAAGCCAAAGGGAGUAUGUUCCAUGA